GUGUGUGUUACUCAGCAUACGCUCUCUCCUGCUUCUUCUUCUCCUCAGAUUUGAAAAUGGCUGACGUGUUGACGCCGGGCCCUGUGACGCCUCCACCCGCUAUUGCCAUGGCUACUGCUCUUCAUGAGGUCAUGACCCCCAUGAUAAUGCUCAAAGACAGUGGAACGUCUGGAGCCUUAAUUGGAGGCAUGGUGGGCUCCGUGCUGCUGCUGCUGAUCUGCAUCAUGGUCGUGCUGAUCUGGAUUUCAUCCCGACAAAAAGGCUCCUAUGUCACCAACGAGUUCAAUGAGGAAGAGGAAGACGAAGAGUCUGAUGCUGCUGAUAUGGAGCAACAAAGCAAGAAACCACUGACGGCUGAAGAGCACGAAUAGAGACAAGAAACGUUUUUAAAAGAUUACCUUUAUGACAUUAUAAUCUCAGAGAAUAUCCUAGUUUUUAUUUCCAUAAAUAGGUGGUUUUUCUUCAUGUACAUUUUGAAUUUUUACCUAAGUGACUAUAACUAUGUGUUAAGUUGUUUUUUUUAUCUCAGCUUUGUAUUUUUUAAACAUUAUCUAUACCUACAAUAGGCUUUUUUACAUACUACGGCCACUCUGUGACACUUCACUAUACUACUUACAUUAUCAGCACUUUCACAUUUUGUUUGUGAUUUUUCUACGUGUAACAAUUUUAUAAUGUUGGUUUUCAAAUGUAUUCUAUUAAAGAAUUUUAUCUAA